CAUAAUACUCCCAAUGAACACUCGCAAUACCGUGAGGAACUAAACCAAAAUCAGAUGAAAAGAGAACCUGAAUUUGGAUUCAUAUAUAAAAAGAAACAGAUCAAAGAUUUAGGGCAAGUUUUCAUUUCUAUUCCAUCCUUCUUUUUUGAUCCUAUUCCAUCCUUAAACCCCUAAACCUUUGAAAUUCAACGCCAACUAACACAGUCCACCAUGAAUCAUCUCAGUAAACCAUUUAUAAAAACUCUAUCAUCUCAAUCAACGAUUAACCGUAUACUAAAUCGGGUAUUAGUUCUUCAAAAAUCACAACUUUACUCAACAUCACCAAAAGAACCAGAAUUAGUUUCGAAAUCUCGUGAUUGGCCAAGACCUAGUACGAUACCUUGGCAAUCAAAGGUUGCAAAUUUGGUUAACUUAGUUGGUUCUGUUUCUAGACCUAUUAAGUUCCAAGAAUCUGAUGAUGGAAAGUUCUGGGCUGGUACUAUUAUUUCACAGGGAGAAGCCGACCAUUCUACUGCGAUUGAGAUCCCCAUCAUCUUCGAAGGUCAUCUAGCACAAACUGCUGUUUGCCAUUUGAAAGAAAGAGAUCUUAUUCACAUAGCUGGUCAUUUCUGUGAAGGUCCACCUCAAAUCUCUUUACAAUGUGGUCAUUGCACCGGUCAGGUUAUGGUGCAUCAGAUAAGCUUUAUUGAAGAAACCUCUCAAGCCAAGGAAAGAUAUUACUCACGUCUUAAGCAAGUACUCAAUAACUUUUGGAGAGACCUUUGUGGCAAUCCAAGCCAGUGGACUGAUUACAGGAAGGAUAAGCUCAAUGGAUUGGUAAAACCAAAACACCCAGAUUUCAAGCGCAAGGAUAGCGGCCAACCAUUAUGGCUCAACACGGCACCAAAAUGGGCCAUUUCUGGACUUCCAACAACUUCUGAACUUUCAAUUGCAUCUGAAGAAGAGGGCUCUUCUUUGAGCAAUGAUCAAAAACGACCAGAAGGUUCCUCUUGGAGAAAGGAAUCAGAGGAAGCGUCCUGGAAGAACUUAACUGAGCAUCCAGAUAAAUGGUGGGAUGUGAGAUCUGAUAAGCUAUUCAACCACGAUUUUGAACACAAAGAUACGGGCAAAGCAUUGUGGCUUAGUAGUUCACCAGAUUGGGUAUUUGAGAAAUUGCCUCCUCCAAAACCAUUAUGAAGAUAGCUGGAAAUGCUGAAUGCAGGUCUGGACAACUACUUAACAAAUGACACUAACCUGAACAGAAUGUGUUCUUUCAGAGCUUGUAAACUGCUCUUUGUUGUAUGGUGUUUGGAGAUGCCUGUAAAUGCUGAUUUGCUCGAUGAUUGAACAAGUUUUCAAACUUACACUAUGCUGUAUUGGUGAGUACCAGUAUGAUGAUGUAAAUAAGUUUGUGGUUUUUACUGUCCCUGCAGUGUAUUUUGUAGGAAGUUAUGUUACAAGACCCCUUUGACAAUACGUAGGUUAAAUUACAGUUUCCACUUGAACUUUCUAGCAA